AUAAAGAGAAUUGUGUACUUAAUUAUAUCAUCCUUCACUUUUAGAAUAUUUGCAAUCCUGCUGAUCUUUGUGGACAUGACCCUCAUCAUCAAAGAUGUAAUUUUCCUUAGUGGCACGAUACAUAGUUCUUUGGAAUCUCGUUCAAUUUCUUUUGCUAUUGCUUUAUUUUUUUUAAUGGAUAUUUCUCUUCGAGUGUUUAUAGAAGGGAUACGACCAUAUUUUUCUGAUAUAUUUAACUCCUUAGAUGCUGCCAUUAUUAUUGUGACUCUACUGGUUGAUAUCGCUUAUCUUUUUUAUGACUUUACACUUGGUAAAAUUUUCCCCAGGUUGAGAAUUGUUUUACGACCUGUAAGACUUGUCAUUCUGAUAAGAGUUUUUCAUCUGGCUUAUCAAAAAAGACAUCUUGAAAUGCUGACCAGAAGGAUGGUUUCAGGAAACAAACGGCGGUACAAGAAGGAUGGAUUUGACUUAGACCUCACUUAUGUUACUGAGCGUAUUAUUGCCAUGUCAUUCCCAUCUUCUGGAAAGCGGUCUUUCUACAGGAAUCCCAUUAAGGAAGUUGUGCGGUUCCUGGACACGAAGCACCCAAACCACUAUCAAGUCUAUAACCUCUGCAGUGAAAGAGCUUAUGAUCCUAAGUACUUCCAUCAUAGGGUCCAUCGAUACUUGAUUGAUGAUCACAACGUCCCCUCUCUGAGUGAGAUGGUGGCGUUCUCCAUGGAAGUGAAAGAGUGGAUGGCCCAAGACAAGGACAAUAUCAUAGUGGUUCACUGUAAGGGAGGAAAAGGAAGAACUGGAACUAUGAUCUGUGCCUACCUCCUUGCCAGUGAGGUAUUUGCCACCGCGGAGGACAGCCUGUAUUAUUUUGGAGAACGGCGAACAGAUAAAUCCACUAGCAGUAAGUUUCAGGGAGUAGAGACUCCUUCUCAGAACAGAUUCGUUGGAUAUUUUGCAAUGGUGAAAAAUAUCUACAAUUUGACUCUUCCUCCAAUAAAAAAACUCACGAUCAAAAAAAUCGUGAUUUAUUCAAUUCAUGGUGUUGGAAAAGGCAAUGGACACGAUCUAAAAGUACAAAUAAUAAUGCAACGAAAGACUGUCUUUUUCUGUUCUGCUUCCAAAAACUGUAGGAUAUUUCAUGAUGCUGAAACAGACAGAGUAAUCAUCUUGCUCUCUAACUGCCCACCUCUGUAUGAUGAGGUAAAAGUGAAAUUUUUGUCUUCUUCGGCUCUUCCUAAAUACUAUGACAACUGUGCAUUCUUCUUCUGGUUCCAUAUGUCUUUUAUACAAAAUAACAGGCUUUAUCUUUCAAGAAGUGAAUUGGAUAAUCCCCAUAAAAUAAAAGCAUGGAAAACUUACAGUCCGGAGUUUGCAGUCGAGGUAUAUUUUGAUGACAUUUAA